AUGGCAAGAUUAGUGAACGCCCUUGACACGCAUCUUAGCGUGAGUACACUUGCAGGAACUCCUGGUUAUGUGCCCCCUGAGUAUUAUCAGAGCUUUAGAUGCACAUCAAAAGGGGAUGUCUACAGCUACGGUGUCAUACUUCUGGAGCUCCUCUCAGGAAAGAAGCCAAUAGAUUCCGCUGAGUUUGGUGAUGAUAACAACCUUGUUGGAUGGGCAAAGCAGCUAUAUAGAGAGAAGAGAAGCAUUGAGAUACUGGACCCUGAGUUAAUGACACAAAAAUCUGGAGAGGCCGAAUUAUACCAGUAUUUGAGAAUUGCUUUUGAGUGCCUUGAUGACCGGCCUUUCAGACGGCCGACCAUGAUACAAGUUAUGGCCAUGUUCAAAGAGCUUCAGGUGGACUCCGAAAGCGAUAUCCUAGAUGGUUUCUCAUUGAAAGAUGCCAGUAUUGAUGAACUCAGGGAGAAAGAGUCUAGUUCAUGA